AUGGAUCGCUCCUUCUUGUCCACUAUAUUUCUUGCAUUUUAUGUGUUUGUUCCCAUAGUUUCGAGCUAUGGCAAUGCUAAUACGUGUCGAGCUUUCUGUGGGAAUCUUAAGAUUGAUUACCCUUUCGCGCUUCAAUCGGGAUGUGGGCAUCCCGGCUUUCGGGAACUCUUGUUUUGCAUCAAUGAUGUUCUUAUGUUCCACAUCAGCUCGGGAUCAUAUCGUGUAUUAGGUAUAGAUUACGCGUACCAAUCCCUUGUGUUACUUGACCCUCACAUGUCCACUUGUGACUCGAUUGUGCUUGGAGGCAGGGGCAAUGGAUUCGUGGUGGAGCAAUGGCGUGCUCCAUACUUGAACCCCACAUCUGACAAUAUGUUCAUGCUAAUAGGUUGCUCAGCUGACUCGUCACUUUUCCAAGCUUAUCACGGGAAACGCUCGCCAUGUAGAAAUGUUUCCGGUAUGAGUUGCGAGGAGUACUAUGGAUGUCCGGGGUGGGACAUGAUCCGGCCUAAGCAGUACGGGGUGGUUUACGGAUCGGGGCCACCGGGGUGUUGUGCAUUACCAUUUGAAGACAUUAAAGCUGUUAAUCUUUCAAAACUUGGUUGCCAGGGAUAUAGCAGUGCAUAUAGUCUUGCACCCUUGAGGCGGGCCGGGCCAGAUGAAUGGUCUUACGGGAUAGAAGUUAAGUACUCUGUGCAAGGAAAUGCGAGCUUCUGUCGAGCUUGUGAAGCCACCGGUGGAUCGUGUGGGCAUGACAUUGAUGGCAAAAAUGACUUGUGCUUGUGCAGUGGCUGGAAUUCUACGGGAACUUGUGAUUUAGUCCACUCAGAAUCCCACAGAAGAAAAUGGUCUCUAAUGGUUGCAUUAGCAGGAUUCGUAACUGGCACAAUUAUUUUGGAGACAUCCCAUUUGCAAUGA